CUCCUGUACACGAGGUGGAAGCAGUCGAUAUCGAGUCGCACGGUCAUGGUGUUCGUAGUAUUAUAAAGCGGAUCUGAUCCUCCGACCCUCCGUUGCAUCCCCUCCGAGCUCAUCUCAUACAAUUGUAUUCUUCCGUCUCCGAGCCUCGUGUCCACCGUCAUCUCCACCAAGCUGGCAUAUGAACCGUCAAUUGCAACAGACUUGUCGUAGCAUUUCUCUUGGUUUCCUGGCUAUUCCGUACUAUCAGGUGAGCGAUUGACCAAGUUGAGGUAUCGGACGGUCUCUGCGUCAACAUACAAGUAGGCCCGUGGUGAAGCUUGAGUCGAACACCUCUCUCCUACGUUCCCCCCACCAAUCUCAAGUGCAUACCAUACACUCCCAUUGAAGCAGACACCACCACUUCCAUCGACCUACGCAAUACCACAAUGUCUACAACCAACACCCUAGGCGUCGGAAUCCCCGUAUUCUACGCGCUCGUCGAACCCACCAUCUUCAUUCCCUUCAUCAAAGCGUCGAAAGAAGACCUAGCAACCACCAGCAAGAUGAUCCGGUUAUGGUGGACCAACGGCCUACCAUUAGGUCUUGCCGUCGUCUUCUCAGUGACUCUACCCACCAUCAUUGGCGGCAUCUAUGCGUCUCGACUGUUCCCCCACGACAGUGCCAAACGAACUUUGUGUUUGGCUGGAUCGGCGUUCGCGCUGGGCCAUUUUGCCUUUGUGCCAACCAUCAGCCAGACGAUCAAGAACGCCUGCGAUGAAGAGGUGGAAAAGAAAGGCCAGUCGAUCGAAUAUGUCAAGAAAUGGCUGAAGGUGCAUUUCUGGAGAACCCUCACGGCGGAUCUGCCUGCGCUGGUUUGUUUUGGAAUUGUCGCAUUCAGCAACUCGUUUUAGAUCAGAUAGUAGAGUUGGAUGGUAAAACGUGGAAACAAAAAAUUAAGAUGUGUGUUGUGUAUGUGCGCUGGUUCAAUGAAAGAAAAAAGGAUAUGAUAUGAUAACUUCAAGCUAAUGGCCACGUUGCCUGCAACUGACCGCAGACCGCAUCCAACGUCAGCUCAAGAAAACAAGAAGAAAAGAUAUCAAACUAUUUGUCUGGUGCUGCAGUGAUGCCAGCCACUUCAAGUUUGCCUUACAUCUGACCACCGGCAGCUCGAACCCCAUCCCUCGUCACUCCCAAGUCGAAACGAACAAAAGCAGGUCGCCCAUUUCUUCCUCGACGCACCACUGGAGACUGCACCUUGACAGUACUGACCUUUUCUGCCUUUGGCUCAGUGGGAGCCGGUGUUGGUGUGGGUGUGAGUGUGUUUUUGCCUGCCGUGCCACUCACCCUGCUUCCCGGUUUACCAUCAUAUGCCGCCAGUGCACCAGAAGAGCGCUCCGGACCAUUGACAUUCAGUCCACGGUUGCCUUGGCCUCGGCCAUAUGUUGCACCAGAAGAGCGUCCGUUCAGUCCAUGAUUUCCUUGGCCAGCCAGUCUCUUCCUUUUUCUGGCUUCCCACUCCAUCUUCCUCUGCUCCACUUUGUUCCCCAAAAUCUCAUCAAUCAUCUUAUUAAACUCCGGAAUCUCCUCCCUCAGAGUCCUAUAAGCACCCUUUGCUUUCAGCCGUUUCUCCCAGAUUCUGAUUGCAACAUGUUCAGCGAGAAACUUCUUCAUGUCCUCGUCUACCUGUGGCUCCACAGACAGAAACAGACACCGCACGUCUUCGGAAUGAAUCUGUCCAGCGGCCAUUUGUUCCAUGCGCUUCUCGAUUUUGUGUUGGAGAUACUCGCAUCCCAUGAUGGCCGCACACACUCGUGCAUGGUACAGGUAUGCGAAUGGUUUCAUGGCCGGUCCGGAAAAACGUUGAAUACCGAUUCCUUCGCAACAUGAUAUCAUCCAGGCGAGAAUGUGCUUGUGGAUGUUCAUUCGGCCGCCGGCGAUGGUGACGGAUUUCUUGAUUGGUUUGCGUUGCAGCUCGGAGACUUUCAUCUUGUUGAUGCCAGUGGGCCGGAAGUCGAGGUUCCAUUUUGUGGAGAAUGUUGUGGCGAUUCCCAGGGGGAAGGACUCGGCGAGGAUCAGGGGUUCAGAGGUGACUGUUGGUUUGUAGAGGAUUGUGAUUGUUUCGGUGGGUUUGAGUCUGUGCAAUAUGGGUCAGUAUAUGUGUGGAGACUGGAGACUAUAAAAUGAUAUGGCCAAGGGAAGUAAGAUUCAGGGUUGGUACUACUUACGCUCUCAGUCUGCUCGCCGACAGUGAAUCCAGCGAUUGAAUUUGCGACAUUUUGCUCUGGUUUCUCGUUGGGACGUGAAGGAGAUGGUGGUGGUGGUCGAUAUAUGGUUUUGGUUUGGUGUGGUUAGGUUUGGUUUGGUUUGAGCGUUGCUGCUGAAAUACCGACCGUUUGCGGGAGAAGAAACAAAUGUACUGAACUGACUAGACGAUGAUCUCGAACUCGGGGCUCUGAGAAGAAAGACAAACGAUUCGACGAUGCAGAAGUUUGAUGAUGAACAGAAAGGAAAGAAGGGAGACAGAGAGACAGAAAUACGGGGAUAUAUAUACCUCUGUGUCUAUACACGCCUUAUUCACUAUUCCCCAGAGUGACUCGUUCUCAGGUCCAUCAAUCACUUGGACUUCACUUUUCGAUUCUGGAGUGGUCAAUCAUGGUUUGUGACGUGACGAACUGGAGAGGAGAGGGAGCCGGUGCCGGUGAUUGUGAUGGUGACAAUAGCAAAGAAUAAAACAAAACAAUAUCACUAUACCAUGUCUAUUGAUUGACCUUGCCUACCUACUUAUCAAUCAGGUAUUAUUAUACUGCUCGA